CCCGCUCCCCUCAUCCCGCCCCCUCAUCCCGCUCCCUUCAUCCCACUCCCCUCAUCCCGCUCUCUUCAUCCUGCUCCCCUCAUCCCGUCCCCCUGAGCCCUCUCUCCUCUCGCCCCCACCGCAGGGUGAACCCGGGCUUCCAGCGGCAGCUGAAGCUCUACGAGGCGAUGGGCUGCGCCGUGGACACCAGCAGCGUGCUCUACAAGCGGUACCGGCUGGAGAUGCUCAGCGAGAGGCUCUCCGAACCUCAAGACUUGCCCCGAGAAGUCUUUGCAGUUGAUCCUACCACUGUAUGCCAAACUUUGAACACAGAGGUUCUCUACAGAUGCAGGAAAUGCAGAAAAGCUCUGUUCCGUAGCUCCAGCAUUUUGUCCCACACGGAAGGAAUCGGACCGACAGCCUUUGCCCACAAGAGGAUAACAGACUCUGCACGGCUUUCUGGGAAUGGCCAGGAAAAGUGCACCUCGUACUUCAUCGAGCCCGUGCAGUGGAUGGAACCAGCAUUGCUUGGAGUCAUGGAAGGACAGCUUCUGUGUCCCAAGUGCACGUCAAAGCUGGGCUCCUUCAGCUGGAGGGGGGACCAGUGUUCCUGUGGCCGCUGGGUGACACCGGCCUUCCAGAUCCACAAAAGUCGAGUGGAUGAAGUGAGGACACUGCCAGUUGGUAACUUCCAAAGUGCCAAAACCUGAACUCAUUGCUUCACUUGAUGGAUUUCUUAACAUCUACUGAGAACUACUAGUCCAUGGAUGCCAGGAAAUGAGCUUAUGACUUCCACCCCUUUGGGAGGUGGCAGAAUUACUUGAAUACCUUCAGCCUGCUGUAUCUCUUAAUAUAUUCUAUGAAAUAUCAGAACAUUUUCUUCAAAGAGGUGUUACAGAGUGGUCAAAUCUACAAAAUGGGCAAAAUGUAUUCUUCAUUUAUGUGUUGCUGUUUACACAGGGUCUCAACUCCUUAUUCAAAAGGAGUUGCUGUGGUCAGCAGUACUGCUCAGCUUCUGAUCCAAAGUGCCAAGCGCCCUAAAAUGGUACAAUUACAGUUGUUUUGCAUGCAUGGCAGCAAAAGGAAAACUUAAGAGUUACACUUUUAUUGUAUUAAAAGUAAUCCUAAAAAUACCCACCCCAAGAAUAUUUACUACUUUGUAACUCUUUCAUGAUUGUGCAAGCUGUAAUGGAAUGGGAGAACUGAAGUAUAGAGUCCAUGCCAAAAGCUUACAGUUCUAAAGAAAUCCCUAAAGUUAUGAAGUAACUUUUUUUAAGCAAGCUGUGACCUUUUUUGAUGGAUUGCUGUGUACACCGUGGCACAGGUUUCAUUUGACAUAAGAAAAUAGAACAGAUAAAAGCUAAUUUAAAUCAAUUUUAUUUUCAUUGACUUGAACAAUUUUUUUUAAUUUAUUUUUUUACACAAUUUCCAGCAACAUACAUUAUGAAAUAUACAAGAUAAAGUAGGUGGUGGGGUUCUGCCCAUGUUGUAAUUCCUCCCAUAGCUGUGGAAGGAAGACUUGCAGGACACAGUGAACAUCAGAAUCUCAACACUGAAAACAGACACAAAACAAAAAGGACAAAAAUAUAUAUGAAACUUUGAACUGGUCACACUUCAGGGCCAGGUACAGCACAAUAAAUAUUAGAACUGCAUUAUCUUAGACAUCUUCUGUAAAGUUUAUAACAUCCUCUAUUUAAAGAGAUAAGAACAUCUGGUUUCUAGCAUGAAAUGCUACAUUGUACAGUGGUGAAGGGUACAAACAAUGAGCCCAGCAAGGGCUUGGAUGGUGACUACUCAUUCACACAUGCUCAUUGAUAAAAUAAGCAGCAUACACCAAAAGUUUAGUGAGCUGUAAACUUAAGCGUUCACUACCAGAAUAUCAGCUGGAGGAGCAGUUUCUUUUCGGGAGAACCAAAAAUAGUCAAUCCCUCUAAGUUUCAGCUGGGCUCUCCCCGACAAAGAGUGGGUUGAUACCAUAAUGGAAGUGGCAGCAUUUGGUCCGUAGCACAAGAUCCCUUUGCAUCACUACUGUUCAAAGCUGGCGCCGGUGGAAAUACUUCAGUGCAGAAUUAACGCUCACGUAGGCACGGUGUCACCAACAACAGGUGCUGUCUCAGGACUAACAAAGCAGUAGGUGGCACAGGAUGCCACCAGACACAAUCGAGAGGGAGAGACUGGAGAGGAUGCCAGCAUCUCUCUCUCUUGCGCUCCGGAGCAAUGGGAUGAGUGCUGGUCUCGGGGAGUUUGACAGAAAGGCUGCACUCUGCUCAUUCCUCAUCUCAGUCUAGUUUUACCAAUAAAAAAGCCCAAGAGACAGCAGUUUCAGCUGCUUGACAGAGUGCUUCCAGAGCACAGAGCAGAACACCAGAGCCACUGGUUUCUCUUGCAUCGUAAUCAACAAGGCAGGAGUA